AUGCGUUCAUGUGCCAAGCAAGCAUAGGAGGGGGAGAGAGAGAGAAGCCACUUUAUAACAAACUCAAGUUUGUAUUUUUUUUAUAUAUGUAUAUAAUACUUAGCUUAUAUGAGGAAGGAGUAGAGAAGUGGUUUUGGAAGCUGAGACUAGUUCUGCACUGACAAAGGUCCAAAUGGUUUCCUGUGCAUGGGCUUGCAGGCAUACCUAGUGACUGACAUGCAAUCUUUCAAAUGCAACGGCCUGUUUUUUUUUUUUUUUUGGGUUCUCCCUCCCCUUUCCUGGACCAUUUUGUUAAUUAAAAUUCCUUCUGAAUGUUGUGUAUUUGUGGGAGUGUUCUGUUUGUUGGCACUGAAAACUGGAAAUGUUUCCCUGCGUAAGGAUAUAGAAUCUAGAAAGUGCCUUUACAGGGAGGAAGAGAAUUGCUGCAGAAAGAAAGCUAGAAGGAAAGAGGGAUUGCUAGAGGCUUGUUUGUACACCUCUAGUACUUGGGAAUCUGUAGCCCACAGUGGCUGAUUUUUGUUUUCUUUUUUUUUUUUUAAGGACUUGGGAUGCACUUUCUCUCCUGUAGAUUGUUCUGUUUCCUUGGCAGAGUAGCAAUAACUUUUUUUAUACUUUUAUUAAUUAUCCAAAGCAAUGAUUCUAUCAGACUGGAUGGAAGCUCCUGCAGGGUAUGGCAGCCCUAUUAUUUGAACAGCCUUAAGGUUUUCAGCUAGAAGGCAUAACUCAAUCCUUUCUUCUCUUCAGUCUGGAGCUGACUGUACUGCUCUAAUAGUGAAGGUUUGGGGCUUUUUUUCAGAUACUGAUGUAAAUAUAAGUGAUUUUGAAAGAUUAAUUUUCUUCUGGGUUCUCUUCUGUUGGAUAACCAUGCUCUUCUUUUUAUUUCCCUUUCUGUCAGAGUACCUCCUGUGUUACUCUCCAAGGACUGGCUGUCUCUGGCAAUUUUGGAAUAAAUGCAUAACAGCCCUGACCCUGGCUGGGGCUGUCCAAGGCUGAGCAGUGCUGCAGUCUAUUUUUAGGGUUGUAAUGUGCCUUCUUUAAGUCUUGGAUAACAGUUAGUGAACAAACGAUUAGCAAAGUACUUGGUGAGUGUGACUUUCCUUUGCCAAAAUGAACCUGCUUUGCCUUUUGUGUAGCGCUGUGGGAUGCUUCAUUUGGCUCUACUGACUAUUUGCAAAGAAGUGAAAAUAGAAGUAGACAAGGAAACUGCAGAUCUUGAGGGCAGGACAGAACCCUGACUUAACUGUGUAUGUGAACUUCCUACCACUGCUAAAUGGUGACGUGCUUUUAGGCUUUUGGUACCAUUAACAGGUCUUCUGUCAAGCGGUGUCGAUUGGUGGCUGUUCUUCUCAGAGCACUCUGUGGUUAGGUGGGAUUCCAUUUCAUUUAAGAACAGAAGACAGUGAUAGCUCCUGCCUAAGGGAGCUACCUGUAUCAGUGAGGCUGCUGUUACCAUUCUUCUUCUACCAAACUUCUGGGAAGUAAGGGAUCAGGCUUGUGUAUUCACUGAAAACCCUUGGCUGUCCUAAACAGUUGACUUGAUCGAUUUGUGGCAUCCUCUCCACAAUCCAGCACAUUUGAAGCAAACUGCUGAGCCGUGCUGAAAUCUCAUACAGUCUCCUGACUUUAAGCUCUGGCUGACAACUAAAUUCCAUGAUCUGGAAUUACUUUUUUUUUUUUUACUAGUGCUAUCAGCUUUGCUGUGAAGCACCAAACUGCAGAGUAAAAUACAAGUCUUAAAGUAAAUAUAAGCUCGAUGAGCUUUGCUGGCAGACUGAACCCCACGGGUGCUGUCAGAUGCCUGCUUGUUCCAGACUAAGGCUGGUGACAUUCCUGAUAAUGUACCUGGAGGCUUGGCACAGAGUCUACAAACAGAGUUAAGCAGUCAGCAUACAUGAGCAACACGGGUAUGCUAAGCACAAGUGUUAAAACUUCUGAGUUGUAACAAAGGCCAUAUUACAGAGCAAGAUACUGCUGUCACCUUUAAUAUGUUUGCUAUCUUUUACUGCCAAAAAUUGAGAUACUUAAACAGAUAUUAAUCCUUAGUUUUUACACCUGGAUAUUUUCCAUUGGUGAGUUGGGAGAUUCUGUAUUCACUGUAGUUUUCUUCUGUGUGCUGUAGUUACCCUCCUUCUGUGCUACAGACUGACUGGUGACACACUGUGCCCUGUUUGCUUUGCUCCUAAUUGGAAGCCUGUUAAAGUUGUGGGUUUUUUUCCUGUUUUAAUAAGGAAGGUCUUCUUGGAGAUAGAAGAGAAAGAGAAAGUAGAAAUGUUCUGGGGUGAGUGAGCAACAUGGAGCAGGGGGUGUCUGGUCCCAGCUGAUGGUGUGUUUAGCAUGAGUGAUGGUCAGUGGUGUUGUUCAGGUUCAUUAUAUGAGGAUAUAUUUUUUUUUUUCUUGGAUAAACACAACUAAUCUCAUUUCUCUCUGAUGGCCUUAGGCCCUCAGUAACUGCCCUCCUGUGGUAUGCUACCAAAGUUUCCAUUCCUUCAGGAUGGGGUUUCAUCCCAGUUAUGCAAAUACAUACUUAAUUUUUUCCCUUUAAACAUACCAGAAAUGCUGUUUGCAGCUGUUUCCUCACCUCAGGGUGGAGCUGAACUCACUGCUCUGUGGAUCAGGUGGUGCCAAGCAUUUCUAUUCUGAUGGUCCUACAGCCCCAGAUUGCCCAGGGUAGCCUGGAGGUGGCUGUGUGGGCUGGUAUGGGAACAACCAUACAACUUCUCAUUGUAGGCUGACCUUCCUUGGAAGGAUGGUGCUUGUUUUGUGUCAGUGAGCAUCUCUCUCUGGAUAUGGACUGUACCUCUUGAUCCUUAUGAAGUGUUAGGGACAGAAAUGGACAACAGAAACAACCAAAGCUGGGGUAAGGGGGAGAGGAUGAGAGGGGAGGGGAGAGGGGGGAGGGAAAUGCUUUUAAACUUGGAAUCUGAAACUCAGGUCUUAAAUUGCAGUGGGAUCUGUUCCCAGUGAGUACUGUAGAGAAAGAGCUGUCUCACUUGAUGUGCAAAUAGGCAGCAAGUGUGCACGCUUUGCUGCUGUCUCGACAUCUGUGUGUUUACCCUAUUUCAUCUUUCAUGUUCUGAGGCAGACAGCUUUUAUCUGCUCUGGACUCUUAUGUCAGAGUUUCCAAAACACGAGCGAUAGAUACACAUCUAGCAGUUACAAGGCUGGGCCUGGCAGAGGAGCAGGAAGUUAAAAGUGCAGUGAGAUUAGCAGAAGCUGUUUCUUCAGUGACUCUGUUCAGCAAGACCAGUUGUGUGAGUUCUCCCUCUGGCACCGCUUUGCCUCUGGUCCUGGAUUGGCCAACCACAUCUUACACUGCCUUGAAAAUAAUGGGUGAGAAGUCUUCAUCCUGGCUUGCAAAUAGCUGCAGCUGUGCUCGUUGCAGGUGUGCUGGUGCUGUGGCUGCAGCAGUUGUGUGCUGCCUUCCCUGCUGCCCUUGCAUGUGUCCGACUCGUUUCUCAGGAGUGGUGAGUCGUUCCCAAACCUGCACCUCUCCAGGUCCCUAUGGGGCAGCAGCUCAACCCUUUCCCUACUUGGAUCUGUUUGCUUUUGCUUCUGCACCCCCCCCAAAAAACCGCUGCAUCCUGCAGUUCUCACCUACUGUUCAAUAUCUCUGUUGAUAAUUGGAAAAAUCUGCCUAACAUUCCGCCUCCCCAGGUGUGUGGCUCUCACUGCUGGCCCAUCGCUCUUUGUAAUUUUAUAACUGCAUAAGCAAUUAAAUGUGUUGUGAUAAGUAUUCUGUGUCGUCUUCCUUUUGUGUGCUGCUUGGAGGUGGGGCCGGACGAGCUGAAGGUGAUGCUGUGUGUUCUGGCUGCUGUGGCUCAAACCCAACUGCCAGCAGUAAUAAACCUUCUAUCUUUGCUGUGCAGCAGCUCUCAAAAAAAACUCAGCUUGACUUUUGCUGAGACAGGGGAAGGACCAGCUGAGCUGCUUCUGGUAUAUUUUGCUUGAAACCACAAUUUUACCCUUCCUCCUCCUUAAAGCUCUUCUUGAGGGACUUGGGUUUGUGUUUUUCUCCCUCAGGUGAGUUUAGGUGACUUCCUUUAUACUUCAUUCUGUGGGUUGCAUCUGUAGCAAUGUUUUCACGUAUGUUCCCUGCUUGCUGUGCUGUCACUCAGAGCUUGCUGCUUCUCACCUUCAGCCCAGGGGGGAGUUCUGGAGUGAGCCCUGCAGGUGGGUGAGGUGACACCUCCUGCAUGCAUCUUUUCCUUUGCAGAACUGUGACAAACCCUCCAAGCAGGGUGGGUGACAGAGGGAGCCUGCUCUGUCUGGUGGUGGAGGAGCACAUGGUGAUGGAAGGUCUUUAUUCUUCUGCAUGACUGUUGUGCAGUGAACUCAGUGAAGCUGCAGACGUCUCCUCUCCUGAUCUGGCUCUGGAGAGCAAUGUUGGUGCCAUUUAUGUGCUGUCCCUUGCUGCAGGCAGAAUCAGCUGUGUUAGCACGGAUGAGUGAUUCUAAACUGUUCAUUCAGCUGCUGAUGACGUUUCCCUUCUUCUGCCUGGAGCAAGCUGCGGAUCAGAGAAGGCUGUUUGCAUUCAGUGAGUGGCAGUGACUUCCAGGCAAGGUGGUGGCACCUUUGUCCCUGUGCCCAAGGUGGGGGUGCUCACCUGGACCCAUUGGUGGCACAGGAGGUGCAGCUGCUGCCCUGCAUAUGGAUCACUGCAAAGCAUCAUCAAAGGUGAACCUUUGAGCCAGAGUGCUGCCUAUAUAGAAAUCCUAACGAUAGGUUCAUACCAUUGAAGCAAGCAGCUGCAGUUGUGUUCAGGCUGGUGGUUUGCCUGUGUGUGCUUAUCCAUCCCUGAGCACACACCUCUCAUGUGCUGCUUCUGUCCUGCACAGCUCUGCCAGGCCUUUAGCAGAGACUUCUUCAGCUAAUUAAAGGUGUGCUGUGAGCUAAUGAGGGCUUCCUGCCCAACCUGCUGGAGGUGAGGAAAUGUGAUGCUGGCUGUUCCAGCACCUGGGUGCACUUUUUCUUUUCUUAGCAAUAAGUUUUUAGAAGGCUGCACAGUGAGGUUACAAGAAAGGAUUUCAGAUCUGUAAAAUCCAGGUAAGCCCAUAAUGUUAAGCCAGAGGAUUUUGACAGUACUGUGAUGUUCUGAGUGCUUUUCCAGGGGCAAAAAGCCCUGAGAGAGCUGGCAUGGGCUGCUGUGAGGUGUGCUAAGGAGUGCUGAGCGAUGCAGAGCAAUGGCUCUGCGCGGUAUGGAGGCUGUCACUUUUGGGUGCCCCCACCCGUAGGUCAGCACUGGCAACCAUGAACACGGAGCUGUGCCGGGGGUCGGGGGGGAGCCGGGCUCUGCCGCCCAGCAGCCGCUAGAUGGGGUGUGCUGCGCGGCCCGGAGCAGCCCUGCUCCUUCCUCAGUGAGCAUCCAUCGCAUCCAUCCCUACUUCUUUCGUCCCUUCCCCUCCCCACAGCACUUCUCUGCUCCCCAUCCAUGCGCCCUGUUUGCUGCGCCCUUAAUGCGUGCGUGCUCAGAUCCCCUUCCCAGCACCAGCGUUGGGUGCCACGAACAGGAUGGGGAAAAUUGCUCCGUGUUCAGCCCAGCCCCAGAGCUGCCCGGGGAGCAGAACGGCUGGCAAACAGUGCAGGAUGCUGCAUGGCCAGCACAGCUGGGGACUGUGAGCCCUUCCUUACCCCAUGGCAGAUCUCUGCUCUGAGCCCCAGCGCUGCCCUGCAGCCCUUCAGCACCCUGUGACCCCAUUGGGUGGCACUGAGCAUCUCCUUUCCCUUUCAGCCCAAAAUGACUUCAAAACCCAGAGCAGGGAGGCAGAGAUGAGAGCCUCAUCUCUUUCCUUCUUCACCACUCAGGUGUGGAGCAGACUUUCAUGUCUCCCGAGGCCAUUUGCAUUUCAAGCAGUUGGGUGGCGAUUUCUCUUUCAAUAACUGAUUUCAGAUGGAGUUGGAAGCCAACUGAUGCGCUGCGAAAGAUGGCCUCUGCAGCCCCAAAGAGCAGCCACUGCCAGCCCUGCUGCAGCUGCACACCCUGAGCCCAUCUCCAAUCCCAUCCUGGAGGGCCCCUCAUGCACCAGGAGGGAAAACAUCCCCACCUCCCUGCAGCUCCGGGUUGCCAUCGGGAUGCAGCACAUCAAGGCCCUGUAAAUCAAAUAUUGCACCCCCCUCCCCAAACCCAAAAAAAGCAACCUGCAGCCCAUUGCCUGCCUGGAUUUGGGGUGUGCUGUGCUCUCAUGAUGUUGUCUCAGCUGUGCACAGGGCACGGCCCCACGCUCAGUGCUCUGCUUGUUUGUGUCGGAGCUGCGUGAGCUGCUGCACUCUGGGAUAUUCAAUUACCUCCGGAGUGCUGCAGCAAUGUCAGCUUGUGUUGGAGCAAUGGGGAGCUGGGGGUUGGGUUGGGGAUCUGGGAGGCUGGUUUUGUGUGGGUUUUUUUUUGUUCCUUAAAUAGCUUUUAAAUGGAGCUGGACCUGGGUAGAGCAGUGCAACAGCGUGAGAAAAGAGGGGGGGAAACAGAUACAUAAAUGGCUGUGUUUAUAGGGGAUGCGAUGGACGGGAAGAAAAACCCCCUCCCCCCAGUAAGAUUUUGGGUGGGAGGUCCUAAUGUGGUUUUUUUUGGGGGGGUCCCACUCACCCCCAGCAGUGUUGGCCCUGCAGCCCCUCAGGUCUGUCUGCAAACAGCUGCAUGUGCUGGUGGUUGCGCAGUUGAUGGCAUAAAUACAUAAUUCUGUUCUUAUUCAAUUAGGAUUUUAGCACACAAUCAGGUGAUCGCUCUAAGAGGAUUUCCUCUAAGGCGGGAUUUGAAUAACUGGGCUGUGAAUUAUGUAUUCCCUUAACCGGUUUAUUCCUUUAUCAGAUUUUUUUUUCCCCCUAAGCACUUUAAUGCAUUGACUUCCCCAUUGUCCCCGCUAUUCGCAGCGCUCCCCAUAGCUGAUGCAAAUCCCCCCCCCGUGAGGUGGUAACGUGCAGUGUGUGCCAAUGGAGCCCAACCCUUUGUGUGUGCUGCGGUUUGUGGAGGCUGGGUGCUGUGUUUGUGGGGCUGGAAGUGGCUCUGAUGCUCAAUGGGGAGCCUAUGGCCCAGCCCUGGGGGGUGCAGUGCCAGAAUUGGAGGGGGGUUGGUUGGUGUGGGGGUCUGUGUUCGGAUGGGAGAGGUGGAGUGGGGCACAACCCAUGUGUCAGCAGCAGGGCUGUGCACCCUGCGUGGGCUGUGGGUGACAGGAAAAGCAGAUUUUCCCCCCAAACAGUGCCAUUGGGGCUCAGGUCUGCUACACUGCCCCGUGGUGCUUGGGGUGGGGGGGCUUUGGGUUGGGGUUGGAUGCAGUCAGUGUGUGGUUGAGCGCCCAUGGGGUGCAGAGGGUUCACUCUGGAGCAGUGUGGAGAUGGGAGGGCAGAAUGUGCUGAUCUCCAGGAAUGGCCCCUGGGCUGUGCUGUACUCCAGUUCUGUGGUUUCCCCGUGUCCAGAGGAGCUCAGGUUGUGCUGGAGGUCCUUUGAGAUCAGCAUGGGGGAAAAAGCAACUCAAAGGUGGAUCCUGGGGGGUGUCACCAUUUUCUGCUGUUAGAGGAAAAUCUCUGCUUUCCACCUGCUCUGUAAAGAGCCGGGAUGAGUGGGAGCUGCUGGAGGGCCCCCCCUGUGCACCCAGUGCUGAUUGUCUCCUUCACAUCCCCCCCUGUGCUGUGUGUGCGUGCAGCGAUUAUGCAAAGUUGCAAUCAAGGAGCUGAAUUAGCAGCUCAUCUUGGAUUAAUUAGCGAGGGAUGCAAAUUUGUUCUAACAAGAAAAGAGGAAAGGAGAGGAACAAGGCUGAGGUCCCUCCUGGUUCCUGCAGCCCUCACAGCACAGUGGUGUGGGCAGAGGGAUGUGCUGUAAUGGGGUAACCCCCAAAGUGCAGCGCUGUCCUUCAAUCCCCAAUAAAUCUGUGCAAAGGCAAUGCUGGGGGGUCAGCGUGCAUUUCAGAGCAGCCUUGGGAGAAGGAUGCGGAGGCUGCAGUGUUGGUUAAAGAAGGGUUUCCAGGAGGGGAAUGAAUGAGGAAAGCACCAUCAUGGUCCCAUGAAGUGGAAGAGAUGGAAGCUUGGCGUUCCUGGGAGCACUGAGCUGGGCUGUGGGCCCGGGGGCUCGGUGGGGUCUGGUUUGGCAGUGUGAUGGGAUGCUCCUGAAAGGUUUCUCUUUUCUCUGCAGUGAUGACAGUUAACAAAACCCAACUCUGCUGGAAGGAAGAGCACACCAAGGGGCAUUUCUGGAGGCUGCCCCCAUCCAGCAUCUCCCGGCCAAAUGAGAUGGCAUCGCCUCAUUCCUCCCUGUGGAAUUAAUCAGCGCUCAGAGCAGUGAGCCAUGUUGAUUCCAUGAUCAUCCAUCCCAUCCCUGCAUCCAUCCACUUUGGAACAGCCAAUGCUGGACCCCUCGGUCCAUCUCAUGUUUGGAGGGGAAGAGAGAGCUCCCCGCAAUGGGAGCGAAGCUUGUGUUCUGAAUGAAGCGAGACCGUCUGCGAUGGGAUCGGUGGGAACAGAGCACCUCAAAGAGCUGAGCCCGAUGGGGACACCCGAAGGCAACGUGGUGAUGAGCUUCAGCUUCGACAGCUACCAGCUGGAGGAGGACGAGCUGCAGCGGGGCAGCCAGGCCAAGGGCGUGCUCACCUUCAUGGAGCCGGUUUCUGAAGACCCCGAGCCACAGGACCGAUACCACGGGAUCUACUUUGCCAUGCUGCUGGCUGGUGUUGGAUUUCUCCUUCCAUACAACAGCUUCAUCACUGAUGUGGACUACCUGCACCAUAAAUACCCAGGGACCUCCAUAGUCUUUGACAUGAGCCUCACCUACAUCCUGGUGGCUUUGGUGGCCGUCAUCCUUAACAAUGCACUGGUGGAGCUGCUGAGCCUGCACACCCGCAUCUCUGUGGGCUACCUCUUUGCCCUGGGCCCCCUGCUCUUCGUCAGCAUCUGUGACGUCUGGCUGGAGCUCUUCACCCGACGGCAAGCCUACGCCAUCAACCUGGUGGCUGUUGGGGUGGUGGCCUUUGGCUGCACAGUGCAGCAAUCCAGCUUCUAUGGCUACACGGGGCUGCUGCCCAAGCGCUACACGCAGGGGGUGAUGACAGGAGAGAGCACCGCCGGGGUCAUCAUCUCACUGAGCCGCAUCUUCACCAAGCUGCUGCUGUCGGAUGAGAAGGAGAACACUGUCAUCUUCUUCUUCAUCUCCAUCGGCAUGGAGCUGACGUGCUUCAUCCUUCACCUCCUGGUGAAGCGCACUCGCUUUGUCCGUUAUUACACCUCCUGCCCCCGCAAGGGCAACCCCGAGCCCUGCAGGGCCAGCGACCACGGGCCGGGCUACCGCGUCCACCACGACGUCACGGCCGAGGACAUCAGAUUUGAGGACCGGCUGCAGGGACAGCUGGCAUCUCCCCGUGGCAGCCCGGGCCCUGAAGCUGAGCUGGCCGGCAGCGGUACCUACAUGCGCUUCGAUGUGCCCACACCCAAAAUCAAGAGGAGCUGGCCCAGCUUCAGAGCCAUGCUGCUCCACCGCUACAUCGUGUCGCGGCUCAUCUGGGCCUACAUGCUGUCCAUCGCCAUGACCUACUUCAUCACGCUGUGCCUCUUCCCCGGGCUGGAGUCGGAGAUCCACAACUGCACGCUGGGGGAAUGGCUGCCCAUCCUCAUCAUGGCCAUCUUCAACCUCUCCGACUUCGUUGGCAAGAUCCUGGCUGCCCUGCCUUACGACUGGAGAGGAACACACCUCCUUGUCUACUCCUGUCUCCGUGUGGUCUUCAUCCCCCUCUUCAUCAUGUGCGUCUACCCCAAUGGUCAGCCCACCUUCGGCCACCCCGCCUGGCCCUGCGUCUUCUCCCUCCUCAUGGGCAUCACCAACGGCUACUUUGGCAGCGUCCCCAUGAUCCUGGCUGCUGGCAAAGUGAGCCCCGAGCAGCGGGAGCUGGCAGGGAACACCAUGACCGUGUCCUACAUGACGGGCUUGACGCUGGGCUCAGCCGUGGCUUAUUUUGCCUACAGCCUCACCAGUACGUCCCACAGUAGCUGUUUCUACACUGAAACCUCCAACGGCUCCUUCCUGGGGGGGUACUGAGCCCCAGGGCCGAGCAAUGGGGCCAGGAUGGGACCAGGCCCUGCUGCUGUCCCCAGCAGCCCUCACUGCCCACCCCCGUGGUCUCUGGGCACUGUGCAGAUCCAAUUCCUGGGCUGAUGCCCCCCAGUGUUGUUGGUCCCAAAGUUCCUGGGGUCUCCCCCUGGGCAGUGGUUGGGAGGGGUCUUCUGUUUGAGCCCUGGCCGAGGAGGGAAAUACGGCAGAAUCGCAAAGGGAGGGGGGAUGGCACUGGGGAAGAGAGCAAUAGGGGGCUGUUGAGGAAGAGGAGCAGGGAGGAAGAUGGCUCUGAUUGAUGGUGCUGCAGCUUUCCCCUGAGGACAGCUUGAAAUCAUGACCCCAACCCUUCCCUGUACUUCAAUCGUUGUGUAAGAGCCCCCACCCACUACUGCUGCCUGGAAAGGGGGGGGGGGAGAAAAAAAAAAGGUUUUUUUGCCCUCUACUCCUGUCCUCAGCUCUUUGGUCGGCCUCCAGGCUCCAGUGGGCUGGGGGGGAAUGCGAUGCCCUGGGUGCUGCCCAAGGCCACUGCUGAGCUUUGACUUCUAUCAUGUAAAACAAACUGAAAACAGAUUGUAUGUCUUACUUGGCAAUGAUCCCUUCUGCAAGCCACACUGCUGGGCUGGGAACCCCGGCAGAUCCUUGGGAGAAAGGCUUUAGGCUACAGGAACACCAGUCCUCCCCCCUGCCAAAAAUGAGAGCCAUGGGCUGCAGGGCACCUACAGCCCCACUGCCAGCCAGGCACUGCUGAAAGGUUCCCAUUCCCCUCCUUGCCAGCACACCGGGUUUAGCGUUUCCUAAUCAAUAAAAGCUUUUUGGUUUUGCCUUUAUAUACUUCUGUUUUCUCCAAGGCAGCAUUUCGCCCCUUCUGGGCUGGUUCUGCUGCUAGCAGGACGAACAGCUGAGGGCCAGCACUGGCUGCUUGGGGCCAGCUGUAGGAGGGAGGGAGGACAGGUCCUUAGCAGCUGGUGAGGGGCUGGAGCACAGCCCAAGGGAGCUCCGGGCAACCUGCAGGGCCUGCCUGAGGGCAGCAAGCAGGAGGAGCGUGGCUCUCUGGAGCAGGAAUCGCCCUGGGGGUGAUUUUGGGGGGCUGUCUGCACCCAUUGUGGGUGCAUCUCCCAAGGGCUGGAGGCCGUGAACCUCAAAAUGCCCCCCAACACCAUGCUGAGCCCCCAGCAAGGCACUGGGCAAGACAGGCAAGAAAAGCCAGCAGUUCAUCAAUGCACCAUCCAUCCUUCAGGGCUCGGGAGGAGUGCAGGGAUGGGCUCCCCUCCUUCUGCUCCCUCUGCUCCAUGCAGCCACAUUAUCCGCCCUGAGAUUCCAUCCCACGUCUCAGGGCCACCCAUUGGGACCCCAUCCAUAUGGGGGUGGGCACACAGGGACCCCCCCACAGUGCCACGUGGUGCCCAGGUUGGGCCAUGCCCAUCACCAGGCAUGGGCUGUGCUGGGACAGGAAGGAACCCUCAGUCAGGAAAGGCGAGACAAAGAACGAUGCUUCGGUGGGUUGCUUUUGUUGUUUUUUUUUUUGUUGUUGUUUUUUUUUCCUCAAUUAAUUUUUUUUUUUUUUAUGAAAAAAGAUCACACGGAGUUCUCCAACAAACAGAAUGCCAAAAAGAAACUGUUUUAAACAAAACAUAAACAAAACAAAACGAAAAAAAAAAAAAAAGACAAAAAAACCUGGCUCUCCUUUCCUCUCGAUUGUCUGAAAUAUCCUUGUGUUCCAUAGAAGGCAGUGGGUUUUAAGUGCUUUCUAUUUAACAUUAGCAUAAAAUCUCUCUCGCGCGCUCUCUCUCGCUCUUUUAAAAUAUGCUCACACCAUUUGCUUCUACAAGUACAGUACACUUUGAGCGUGGGGGGUGGGGGUGCCUGUUCCCAGAUCAUUUACAAUCACAAUCCAACAGGAAAUAAAAAAUAAUAUUCUGAACGUCAGACUGUGUUCGUUUUCUGCCGUUGUUGGUUGGUGGGUUUGGGGUUUGUUGGUGGUUGGUUGGUGUUGGUUUGUUUUUGUGGGUUUUUUUUUCCUUUUU